ACAAUUUUUAUAGAAUUAGCAAACGAAUAAAAUUUUCAGAUAACCUUAAAAUAUCAACCAAUUUAUUUUUUAUCAGAGGAAUCAUGACAACUUCUAAUAUCAAUAUUGAAGAUUUCAGUGUAAUCACUGAAGGGAAAGCUAGUAUUUUAUUUCCAAAAGAUAAUGCAGUAUUUUAUAAUAAAGUACAACAGUUUAAUAGAGAUAUGUCAGUUGCAGCUAUAAGAACUUGGAGCGAAAUUUUCUUGGAAGAGAAAGAGAAAAAAGCACGUAAAACAAAAGAGACUAGCACAGCAAUAGUACAAUCAAAGAAUAAUACUUUUACCAUAUUAGAGGCAUUAGCAGCAAGCGGUCUACGAUCGAUUCGUUACGCUAAAGAACUACCUAACAUUGAUUUUAUAGUGGCUAAUGAUUUAGAUGCUGAUGCUGUCAAAUCAAUUAACCAAAAUGUAGAACAUAAUGGAUUGAGCAAAGAAUUAGUCAGAGCAAAUCAAGGUGAUGCAUGUUCAUUGAUGUAUCAGCAUAUAGAAUACCAUAAACGAUUUGAUGUUGUCGACAUUGACCCGUAUGGAACAGCUUCGCCUUUUUUAGAUGCGGCAGUACAAUCUGUUCAAAAUGGAGGCCUACUUUGUAUUACUUGUACCGAUUUGGCUGUUCUCACUGGAUCAACUUAUCCCGAGAAAUGCUAUGCAAAUUAUGGAUCGAUACCUACUAAGGGAGAAUUUUGUCAUGAAAUGGCUUUAAGAAUUCUUCUCUAUACAUUAUCAACAUGUGCUGCAAGAUAUCAAAGACAAAUAAUUCCUUUGCUAUCUUGUAGCAUAGAUUUCUAUAUUAGAGUAUUUGUUCGUGUUGUAAUUUCAGCUGCUGAAGUAAAAAAAAAUUGCUGUAAUACAUCACAUAUUUAUGUUUGUACAGGUUGUAAAUCAUAUUAUUUGCAACCAUUAGCUAAAUUAAAGGAAAACAAUUCUUAUGUACCUAUGGUUGGACCUAUUGUUAAUAGCAAUUGUGAACAUUGUGGAAAUAAAUUUCAUGUUGGAGGUCCUAUAUGGAAUUCCUCUAUACAUGAUAAAGAAUUUGUUCGAAAAAUGCUUACACAUGUAAAAAAUUCGAGUACGGAGGUGUAUGGAACCCAUGCACGUAUGUUAGGAAUGUUAACAGUAAUUUCAGAGGAAAUUGAUGUUCCUCUCUUUCAUAGUAUUUCAGUACUUUCAAGUAAAUUGAAUUGUACAAAUCCACCAUUAAAGCAAUUUUGUUCUGCACUGUUGAACAAAGGUUAUAAAGUGUCAGCAUCGCAUGCAAUGGCAGGUUCGGUAAAAACCGAUGCUCCAAUGGAUGUUAUUUGGGAUGUAAUGAGAUCGUGGGAAAAACUUCAUCCUGUUACAAUGAAAAAUAUUGCAGAAAAUUCACCCGCAAGAAAGUUAUUAGCAGUAGAACCAAGUUUUAUCGCAGAUUUUAAAAUACAUAAAGAUGCCGAACCACCUUCAAGAAAAAUUAAGUUGGUAAGAUAUCAACAAAAUCCUGAAAAGAAUUGGGGACCUAAACCUAGAGCUUCUGGAAAACGUAAAACUAAAGAAGUUGGUAAUUCGGAACGGCAUGCUAAAAAGCUUGCUGAAUGAAUAUAAUUAAUUAAAGUUAUAACCGGCAUCUGCCAUACAUUGUAUCAAGUACCAGAUUUAAUAAAAUUACAAUAUAUUAUCUUACUAUAUAAACAAAUUCUAACUUAAAUAUU